ACGUGCGACGAAUACAGCCCAGGCUAUAGAAAAGCUGCCGGCUGCGCUUGCGGUCAAGCCGAGUGUCCUGCGCUCCGCCUCUGGGGCUGGGGAAAAGAAAUUAAAAAGAAAAUAAGAAAGAAAAGAUAAAGCGCAUCGUCUGCCGCUCGGAUGCCUAUCGCAAGCGGGACGGACCGCGGCGGCGGCGGCGGCGCUCCCACCGCUGCCGGCGACUGUGGCAGGCACGCAUCACCCAAGGACGCCCAGUCCGCGAGUCCUUUAAGCUUCCUGCAGCGCCCUGGUGCUUCCUAGAAAGGCGCGACACGGCGACUCCGAUCCAGGUCUCCUAUAUAUACUCUCCGGCGGAGAGGUUAAUCGGUUGCGCGCAGGAUUAUAUACUCUCUUCGGAGGAGUCGCUCGGACGGUGGACCGUACACGCGGAAGAGGCUCUUCACAAUGUCGACGAAUACACGGUUGGCCACGGUGUUCGUGGUGGCUGCCUUGCUAUGCGCGCGGACGUCGGGCCAGGGCAAUUCGUAUUCGGUCAGCAGCUUCCACCACGAGAGCUUCGGACCCGACGGCGUGGUGACGGGCCGCUCUGGCUACAAGGACUCGUCCGGCAAGAGCCGCUUCACGCAUUACCAGGUGGGCAAGGACGGCAGGCGUAAGUUCAUCCGCGACGACCCCGAGGGUGACAUCGAGUCCAGGAGCCUGCUGCCGGACCCGUCCAAGAUUGGCGUCGGCUUCCCCGGAGGAUUCCCCGGCUUCGGAGACCCGAAUUUCGAUUUCUUCAAGGCUCUGGGCUUCCCGAAGGACACCUUCUUCCCCACUUUCCCCAAGGACCUGCUGCCUCGUGACCUCCUGCCAUCCUCUGAUAACGGCGGAUCUGGAGGCUUCGGUCAGGGAGUGCAAGGUCGCAAGGGCAUCGGGAACAGCUUCCCAACCACGUCGACGACCAACUUCUUCGGUGGAGCUCUACUGCCACCGCUCAUCGCCACGCAAUACUUUUUUCCGCCUGACCUGCUUCCGCGAGAGCUGCAGACGACACCGUCCCCUGCAUCCGGCGAGGCCAAGCCAACUCGCCCCGCUCCAGAGGCUGCUGUGGCACCUGGCUUCGUGGAGACAUCGCCGCCUCAGGGCAAGCGGAUCCCUCCGCCACCAGUGCCUAGGGAACACGCGAAUGAACGUUACAGUCUGCAGUGACAAAGGGCAAAAUAAGAUGCAGCAUGUAGAUGCCUCCUUCUCCUCCUUUCAGGAGAGAAGCUGGCUGGGCGUCGCCUCUGUGAAUUUCACGAAUGUAAGCCAGGAACUUUUAGAAUCACCAUCUUCGGACAAAUAACAUGAAUGCAACCUAACCCCGUAUCGCAAAAUGCGUUUUGGACUUCGAACUGCAAGGUGAGGGGCAGCACACCUCGGUUAAAGAAGUCGCAUUGGUUCAGUACUACUUGGUGAUUCCUGUGAUGCGUUCCUUGAGGGACACCGCUUUGCUCCAAUGCCUUCCAGGGAGAAGUUCCAGAUGUCCAACUACAAAAACAGCUCUGUAAUCGCUCAGUAGCAUUAUCGCAGCGCAGCAACAUAUGCUGAGGGGUGGCACUUCCGCUAUGUGCAUUUGGGGAAGAGCUUCAAGUCACGGUGCAUUCUUGAACACGGCUGGAAGUGCUUCCUCUAGUGGACGGUGCUACAGCCGAACCGUAGGCAGUAAUGCAGUCGUGCAGAUGUGCUUGAUGUUGUCUGUAUGUGUUAAAUCUUUUGGUUACAGUACGCAAUGACAAGAAAUGUUUUCAAGCUAGCUUGCACGUAAUAUCAUCAUGGGUGCAGGUACGAGAUUCCAAGACUCAUUAACUAGAUUCACCAGGUUACUGAUUCUCCAACCGUGGUCAUAAUGAUUAAGUGCAAGCCACCAAUACGUACUACAGCAUCUUCUAGCCUCCAUUAUUAUCUAGGCACUGCUUGUGCAGAUUAAUGAAGACAAGUAACGAAAGCGAUUGGAUUAAACCUGAACUGCUUGCUAGAAAUACAAUUACGAUGGCAGAACCUUCAAUAUUUAUAUAGAAGUUGGUUAAGCUAUAAAAUAGUUGAGCUGCUUGCUCUUUGAACACUCAAAAUACAAGUCAAAAGAUGCAUACACCACUCCACCAAGGCCCCGAAGCCUAUACUUUAGCUCCCUUUCAGAAGUAUACUUUGGUUCAUUACAGCACCUGUGCUUGAACGCAGCAUCAACUAGUUCAUACCUAAGUGCUUAAUGAGGUAUGAUAUGUUCUAUAAGUAAUUUUUUUUAUUAAGCAACAACCCAACUACUCUGAACCCAAGAGACUUUUUAAUCAAGCACGCUCAGGGCGCUCCAGAUAGUUCACUACAAUACUUGUUUCUACGAGCCAGUUUUGGUUUCUGUACUCAGGACGUGAAUGCAUCAUAAUAUCAUGAUAUAAAUUAGAUUGCACCAUUCCUGCUAUCACUGCAGCUGCCACAUGCGACUGCAGCCAGAAUAAAUGCGGGCAGUACUAAAUUUUUUGUAUGAACAACGUUGUCAUACUUAGCCUUAUUGCCACCCAAUGUCACCAGAAUUUUGCCGUGUGUCAUGACAUCAUGAUCAUAUCGGCGCCAGGUCCAGUAUUUCGAGACAAACCUCAGUAAAAAUACAAUAUUAUCAUUUUUCCAGCUUUAAUACUAGCUCAGUCACUUCCUUUUACAUGCAAGAUGGACAUGAUAGAGCUUCUGCAACAUCAAUAAUAUGUGUUAGUAACCAUUUAAAACGUACAUUUAAGACGUUUAAGUGCACUAUUGCCAAGGUUCAAUUUAUUAUUAGGCACUGUGUGUUGAGGACCUUCUACAUGUUUUUUUUUUAUAUAUAUAUUUGUAUGACAGACUAUAGUACGAGACUACAUAUAUUCAGCAACUCCCUUGGAGCAUCAAUGCAGUGACAUUCAGCAAGUUUCUUGUCAAUACAAAUAACCGAAAUGUCUCUAAUUUGUACUAGCUUCGAUGAGAGUUUUCUUUCUUCCACACCAGUAUGACAUUUGUCGUAACUGUACCAGAAGAUCCUUGCCUGCCAAAGAAUCGUGCACUUGUCAUACCAGUCACUUCUAUGUCACAAAGCCUUGUUUUUUACAGUGAAUAAAAACUUUGAAUUGACGAAAAAAAAAUAAACAAGAGUUUCAAACACUA